CAUUGACGAAGCUUCAAACCAGGUAACAAAAUGAGCGAGAACGAGCUUUCCGACGCCGUUACCCGAGUCCUUUUGGAGCUCUACCAACGCCAUAGCAUACCUAUGGUCUCGCAACCGAUGGCCGGAGUUGGGGAGAAUGCCUACGGACAGGUUCUCAGGGUGAGUUGGCCUACGAUCGCGGACGCGGCCACCGUGGUGGUCAAAAUGGCGCCUAGGAACGAGGCCCGAAGAUCCCACAUGCAUGUCGUGGAGUACUAUGCCCGCGAGGUUUUUAUGUACCAGGAGGUAUUCCCCGUUUUUCGGGAGCUAUCACAAGAUCAGAACACGUUCACCGUGCCGCCGGCCCUACAGGCCUAUUGCUUAAAAGCUCCCAAUGAGUUCUUGAUAUUCGAGGACCUGUCUGAAAGCGGAUUUCUUCCCAAUUCGCGCAGUAUUAUGCCUACCUACGACAUCGUGGUCUGCUCCCUGAAAGCUUUAGCGGAGCUACAUGCGUGCUCAUUCAUCCUGCAGCGGACGGAUUCCUUACAGUUCCAGAAGCUAGUGGAGUUCGUGAAGAAGGAUAACCUCUUUACGCCCGAAAUUGAGGAAGUCACUAUUGAGUUUGGAAAGGUACAGUUGCGAAGGGCCAGAAACAUCCUGAGUGAAUCCGAUGGAGACCAAGUGGCUGCGGUCCAGGAAGUCCUGCAAUUGUGCGAACAGCAGUUAAAAUCUUUGGCUCUUUACUGUGUGGACGGAAACGCACAGGCACCACAUGCUGUUAUCUGUCAUGAAUUCUCCGAAAUAAGACUCCUACCUGAAUUAUUAAGAAUUUUUUUUGUUGGAUCCCUUUUGAUAACUAUUGAUGUUCCCCAGCCUAAUUCUGAUCAACCUGUGGAGGCCAAGCUCAUCGACUUUCAAAUGUCACGGUAUGCACCGCCCGUUCUCGAUAUAGUCCAUUACCUCUUUGCCUGCACGGAGAAAGAAUUGCGGGACGAGCACUUCCCCGCCUUUAUGGAUGCUUACUACAACACGUUGCACCUGAAAUUGGCAUCCUGUAAUCUUUCGCUCAAGGACAUAUAUCCACGCAGCGUCUUCAAUCGGCAAUUGCAGCUUUUCGGUGUUUACGGUUUGAUAAUGGGAGCAUUUUCGCUCCCCUUUUUUAUUUCUAACGCCAACGAAGUAAUUGAUAUCGAUACUGUGUCCGAGGCCAUCCAGAAUCUUUCGACAUCUUCUGAUGAACCCAAGUAUAAGGAGCUAAUUGAAGAAUACGAAAUGCUCAAUGCCCGGACUUUACCAAUUUUUAAGCGGCGAAUUACUGGCAUCGUUGAGGAUCUUAUAAAAUAUAACAUGACAGAGCCACUAUUUAAAAUGAACUCGGAGCAAAGUGAUAAAGUAUUAUAAAUAAUAAAAAAA